GGGGGGGUAUAUCGGUAGGGGUGGUGAUCGGAUAGAGGGAAGGGGAGGGCAGAAAAAAAGGGACGAUAGCAAAGACUUUUCGUAGACCGCAAAAGCACCUCACCGUCCAGAAGGGGACGUCAAAAGUGCUUCUCCUGUAAAUGUACUGAGGGGCAAUUCCGACGCUUGCCUGUUGUUGCGUCGAAAGAGGAACAGAUAAUCGUCAAGUCAAUUGGAGAUUACUCGGAGCUGCUGGACUGGGGAGCAUGGAAAAGGCAGCCGUGCCCCCCAGCGAGGAAUCUACAGCUCAGCGAAAGCCAUCCUGGCACGGAACCCUUGACGAUAUCUGGAUAGUAUAGAAGGAGAAGAAGAGGGUCUUUUGAAGGUUGGAUAGAAGGUGUGGUGAGAAGAUUCUGCGACGAGAGUGGCAGAAGGAAGAUGAGGGGUGGAAUAGAGGGUAGGAAGGAGGAGGGAAAAGACAGCAGGGGAGAAGAUCAUCUAUCCGUACGCCGUCGUACCGUGACGAGCAGGUUACAGGACGGAACGGCCUUGGAUUGCCUGGGGCGGGCCAAAUUUUCCAGUCAGGGUGGAGCCCGCCUCGGCCGGUCGCAGUCUGCGGGAACAUACUGUCUCGGAAUGGACUACGGCAUGCACUCCGGCACGUCCCGGUUGUCGAACGAAGACGAUCCUGAAGCACUUGGGUAGUCUUUCUUCGUUGGGUACCUGAAACUGCAGAUGGCGUCGACGGGUCUUUUCCAUUGAAAGGGAUACUAUUAUGGGGACGGAGACGGCAAAUUGGAAAAUGAACAGCGCCUUGUGGCCAGGAAGGAAUCCCACUAC